AUGUUUUCCAGACAGUUUACGAGGCAACUUAUGAGACAGGGAAGAGCAUCUUUCUUCCCUAGGCAGGCAACUGACAUUUUCUCUACAGUUCGUUUUUACCACCCUAAGGUCAUUGAGCAUUACCAAAAUCCUAGAAAUGUGGGAACGAUGGACAAAAAUCUGCCUAACGUUGGAACUGGAUUAGUGGGAGCACCUGCUUGCGGUGAUGUGAUGAGACUGCAAAUAAAGGUGAAUGACAAUACUGGUGUUAUUGAAGAUGUCAAGUUUAAGACUUUUGGUUGUGGAUCUGCUAUUGCAUCAUCCUCAUAUGCUACGGAAUUGGUCAAAGGUAUGACACUAGAUGAGGCUUCAAAGGUAAAGAAUACCACCAUUGCAAAGGAGCUUUCGCUCCCCCCUGUGAAACUUCAUUGUUCCAUGCUCGCAGAGGAUGCUAUAAAAAGUGCCAUCAAAGAUUACAGAACAAAGAGACACAACAGAAAGCCUACUCUUGGACCUGAUGCUACAAAGUCGCAAACGAAUGGGGCAAAUGCACAUGCUUAA